AUGGCCCGAAUAAGCCUGAGAACAGGCCUCGAUCGCGAUGUAUAUCAAAUAGUCAAGAAGCUGGAGGAUGAGCGCCAAAGCGAAUACUCCAAGAAGGCCGAAGGGAAGAAGAAGCCAGCGAAACUGACAGUGACGGGCAUCUACGAGAGCAUCAAGAGGAGUAACAGUAGUCUGAGCCGACAGAAGCGAAGACCACUCGAGGAUGCCAUUGAGAGGGUUCUAGAUUUUCGGAAAGAGGAGAUGGAGCAGGGUGACGACAGCGACGACCUUCUCGAAGCCCAAGAACUGGCAGAGAAGGCGUAUAAGGAAGAGGACCGCUUUUUGCUGAACAGGCAGAUGACGAAACAUUGGAAUGUGACCCCGGCGAGUCCUGCGCCGGCAGUUACGGCACAGGGCUCCGAGGGCAAGAGCACGAAGAAGCGGCGCCUGUCUCCAGAGCCUGACACAAAUGGCGCGGGAGUGGAAGCAGGAGCGGUCAGCGAUGCUUCGGCCAUUGUAAACUCCAAGGCCAAGGCUAACGGAGCCGAGGCAAGGACGACGACGACGACGACGACGACAAAGAAGGCACUGAAGGCAAGCAAGUAUGGCCCCGAGCAGAUCCCGCAUGGCUCCGUUGUUCUCGGGGGGGUCGGAGGCAUCCUACGGGAACUAAGUCGUUACGUGUUUGCGCGUGCCCGCAAACCAGAAGAUUUCCUGCCCUUUGGCGAGCAACCGGUCGGAAUUCUCGUCUCCGGCCCGCCAGGUACUGGAAAGCAGUCCCUUGUUCGCUCGUUGUCAUGGAGAACGAGGACGCCCGUCGUCUCCCUAGGACGAUACCUGGCCGAGACCCGGUCCCCAGAGAAGGUCGCCAAGAUCAUAACAGACGUGAUAGACGAAGCGAAGAAGGUUGCGCCGUGCAUCCUCUUGAUCGAGCACUUGGAUGAGUACAUGGCGAAGGGCAGCAAUCAGAGCGAAUUCGAUCAUGAAGUCAUCACACAGCUGAAGCUGAACAUGCGACGUCUACGAGAGGGAGAGGAGAUUGGGGGUGGGCCGCGGGUCGUGGUUGUGGCCACGACGAGCAAGCUCGAGUUGAUUGAUCCUACUCUCAGGAGACCGGAUUAUUUCGCCCAGACCAUCACGGUCAAGGUGCCCGAUACGGAUUCCCGCGAGGAGAUUUUCAGGGUAUUGACGCGAGAGCUCGAGAUCCCCCCAGAAGUUGACUUCAAGGCCUUGGCUGUCCGCACCCACGGCUUCGUGGGAGACGACAUCCGUGCCGUGGUCCAGGUCGCGAACCGAAAGGCGAGCGAUCGCUUCUUGGACCUGGAGGAUGCGAGAGCGAGGAACACUCUCGAGGCGGACAGGAUGGACAUGACGGACGGAAACGACGUGAAAACCUGGGACAGAGUCUACGAUGACACUUGCCUGUACCACGACUACAUUGAACACCCCGCCUACUCAAAUCCCACCCGCGUACACGUCAGCCAGCAAGAUUUCGUCGAUGCCAUCGCAGAACACACCCCUUACAUGCGCCGGGAAGGUUUCUCCUCCAUCCCCAGCACAAGCUGGUCCGAGGUGGGUGCCCUGCACUCCGUCCGUGCCGCGUUCCAGGUCUCCAUCGUUCGCCGCAUCAAGGAACCUCUCCUCUUCCAGAAGUUCGGCAAGCAGCGCCCCGCAGGCGUCCUCCUCUUCGGUCCCCCGGGUUGCGGAAAGACGCUCGUCGCGAAGGCUGUCGCCAACGAUGCCCAGGCAAGCUUCAUCCUCAUCAAGGGCCCCGAGCUGCUCAACAAGUACGUGGGAGAGUCGGAGCGGGCCAUCCGCGAGCUGUUCACGCGCGCCAAGUCCUGCGCGCCGUGUAUCCUCUUUUUUGACGAGAUGGACUCGUUGGUGCCCAAGAGAGAGAACACCACCACGGAGGCCGGCGCCCGUGUCGUCAACGCACUGCUCGCUGAGCUCGACGGCGCCGGCGAUAGAGGCGAGGUCUACGUCAUUGGUACCAGUAACCGGCCCGACAUGAUCGACCCCGCCAUCCUGCGUCCCGGGCGUCUCGACAAGCUCCUGUUCGUCGACCUCCCUACCGAGGACGAGCGCGUGGAUAUCCUCCGCACGAUUGUCCGAAAUGGCAUCGGCGGCACGGAUGGGGCAGAGAUUGAGAGCAUCGCGAGAGACGCCCGUUGCAGGGGCUUCAGCGGCGCCGAUCUGUACGGUUUGUACAAAAACGCUCUUGACGAGUGCGUGUUACGGUAUGAGGGCGGAGAGCCGGCCCUUACGCGCGACGACUGGGAGGCUGCGCUGAACAAGACGAAGCCCAGCGUGCCGAACCCGGAGACGUACAGGAAGCUGGCUGCGAAAUUGCACCAUCAGAGUUAA